ACCACAUUAUCCUUCACGCAACUCCCAAGCCCCACGACUCGCAUCCCCAAUCCGUGUCCAAUAGCUUCAUUUUGUGAACUAAAUGGGUCUCUCAGGCGCUGAAUCUAACCGCAAGAGGUCCCGUUCUCCGUCGGACAGCGACAACCAAAAGACUUCCAAGCGCCCGAACACUGGCGCAACCCCAUCCUCUCAUGAACCUGCAGCCAUCUCCCGUUCUGAUACCGCCUCCACAGCAAAGGCAGACGCCGCCGACGAUGCUCCCCAGAACGGUGCAACCACUUCCGCUGAGCCGACCUCCUCCACCUCGACAGCGCCCCCGCCUUCUGCUCACAUCCACAUGAGAUGUCUUAUCGUUACCCAAGAUGCUUCUAUCAUUAUCGGAAAGGGCGGAGCCCACGUCAACGAAAUUCGUGAAAAGAGCGGGGCUCGUGUCAUGGUUUCUGAAAGUAUCCCCGGGAAUCCCGAGCGUAUUUUGAACGUGUCCGGUCCCUUGGAUGCAGUUUCGAAGGCGUUUGGCUUGAUCGUUCGAAGGAUCAACGACGAACCAUUCGAUGUACCUUCCGUUCCAGGCAGCAGGGCCGUCACGAUCAAAUUCAUGAUCCCUAACUCGCGGAUGGGGUCAGUCAUUGGCAAGGCUGGCUGCAAGAUCAAGGAAAUUCAAGAUGCGAGUGGUGCUCGCCUCAACGCAAGUGAAGGGAUGCUUCCUGGGUCCACGGAGCGGGUUCUGAGCGUGGCGGGAGUGGCAGACGCGAUUCACAUCGCAACCUACUACAUUGGCAACAUUUUGAUUGAAGCGAACGAGCGCUUACCUUCUUCCAACGGUUCUUCAUAUCGCCCAAUGGCGGGGUCCUCGGCCUCCAGCUCGCGGCGACACCACUACACUGGUUCCUCUUAUGUACCUGGGCCCUAUCCAGGGUACCCUCCACCUCACAACCCACCCCAACAACUCCAGACGCAAGAAAUAUUCAUUCCUAAUGGACUUGUCGGCUGCAUCAUCGGCAGGGGUGGAAGCAAGAUCAACGAAAUUCGACACAUGAGCGCAAGUCAAAUCAAGAUCAUGGAGCCUGGUGCUGGCUCUGGCGGGCGGCCCGCUCCAGAGGGCGAGAGGUUGGUCGUUAUUACUGGCAACCCACCCAAUGUUCAAAUGGCGAUACAAUUGCUCUAUACUCGCCUUGAACAAGAGAAGCAAAAGCAGCUUCACUCAGCGCAACCGUCUGCUGAGGGCAAUUAG